CUCCCUCCCCCUCCGCUCCCUCCCCCCUCCGCUCCCUCCCCCUCCGCUCCCUCCCCCUCCACUCCCCCCUCCGCUCCCUCCCCCUCCGCUCCCUCCCCCUCGCUCCCUCCCUCUCCGCUCCCUCCGCUCCCUCCCCCUCCGCUCCCUCCCCCUCCACUCCCUCCCCCCUCGCUCCCUCCCCCUCCACUCCCUCCCCCCUCGCUCCCUCCCCCUCCACUCCCUCCCGCUCGCUCCCUCCCCCUCCGCUCCCUCCCCCCUCCGCUCCCUCCCCCUCCGCUCCCUCCCCCUCCACCGCUCCCUCCCCCUCCGCUCCCUCCCCCUCCACUCCCUCCCCCUCCACUCCCUCCCCCCUCGCUCCCUCCCCCUCCGCUCCCUCCCCCUCCACGCCCUCCCCCCUCGCUCCCUCCCCCUCGUCCGCUCCCUCCCCCUCCGCUCCCUCCCCCUCCACUCCCUCCGCUCCCCCCUCCGCUCCCUCCCCCUCCGCUCCCUCCCCCUCCGCUCCCUCCCCCUCCACUCCCUCCCCCUCCGCUUCCUCCCCCUCGCUCCCUCCGCUCCCUCCCCCUCGCUCCCUCCCCCUCCACUCCCUCCCCCUCGCUCCCUCCCCCUCCGCUCCCUCCCCCUCCACUCCCUCACCCUCCACUCCCUCCCCCCUCGCUCCCUCCCCCUCCGUUCCCUCCCCCUCCGCUCCCUCCCCCCUCCGCUCCCUCCCCCUCCGCUCCCUCCCCUCCGCUCCCUCCCCCUCCAAUCCCUCCCCCUCCGCUCCCUCCCCCUCCGCUCCCUCCCCCUCCGCUCCCUCCCCCUCCACUCCCUCCCCCUCCGCUUCCUCCCCCUCGCUCCCUCCGCUCCCUCCCCCUCGCUCCCUCCCCCUCCACUCCCUCCCCCUCGCUCCCUCCCCCUCCGCUCCCUCCCCCUCCACUCCCUCACCCUCCACUCCCUCCCCCCUCGCUCCCUCCCCCUCCGUUCCCUCCCCCUCCACUCCCUCCCCCCUCGCUCCCUCCCCCUCCACUCCCUCCCCCCUCGCUCCCUCCCCCUCCACUCCCUCCCGCUCGCUCCCUCCCCCUCCGCUCCCUCCCCCCUCCGCUCCCUCCCCCUCCGCUCCCUCCCCCUCCACUCCCUCCCCCCUCCGCUCCCUCCCCUCCGCUCCCUCCCCCUCCGCUCCCUCCC